UCGGUGCGCUCAGUAACAGUAUGGGCUAUACGCUUUGGAUUUAAAUAAAGCCACGCUUUGCCGUUUUCGCUCACUGGGACUACGGAGAGAGUUUGCCUUUUAGUGGCUGAGAUUGUAUGAAGUGAUAAAAUCUCCUCGGACAGCCAGUCCAGUUGGAUGCCUUUGUACAGCUCUAUCUGAAGGAAACGUUUUUGCUCAGCCACUUGAACUUUGAAGUACCGCGGCAUUCCUAGGGGCUAGAAACCUGGUGUGUUUAAAGCAAAUGGCUCACCCGAAAGAUUUCUCCAAUGGACAUCUACACUGUCGUCAGAAAAAGAAUAACUUCUUAAAACACGAAAUCCACAAAAAAAACGGCGUGGUUAAGGAAACUAAGGGAAAUGGUGUAGCAAAUGGAACUGCCUAUAGAAGACCUUUUAAUGAAUCCUUUGAACAACCAGCCACGUAUAUUGCUGUGCUUACAUUUCUUGGUUUUGCAUUUGCAUGGAUAUUUGGCUACAUUAAAGAUUUCUUAAGAGCCUGGGAAUUACAGAAAAGAGUUGGCACUACAGAACGGGAAGAGCAAAAGGAUUUUGUUCCACUGUAUCAAGAUUUUGAACACUUCUUUACAAGAAACCUCUAUGUGAGAGUAAGAGACAAUUGGAACCGCCCGAUCUGCAGUGCUCCUGGGCCAAAAUUUGAUAUGCUGGAGCGUGUUUCAGAUGACAACAACUGGACAUUUAGGCUCACAGGAAGAAUAAUGAAGAAUGUAAUCAAUAUGGGUUCAUAUAAUUACCUUGGCUUUGCAGAAACUGAACGUAAUGCUUUGAAAACUGUGAACUCAGUGUUAUAUAAAUAUGGUACAGGAGUAUGUAGCACCAGACAGGAAAUGGGAAACCUUGAUAAACAUGUGGAGUUAGAAAAAAUGAUAGCACAAUUUGUUGGCGUUGAAGCAGCUCUGGCAUUUGGUAUGGGAUUUGCUACAAAUUCUAUGAAUAUUCCAGCAUUAGUAGGGAAGGGAUGUCUAAUUUUAAGUGAUGAGUUGAAUCAUGUUUCACUUGUUCUUGGUGCAAGGCUGUCGGGUGCUACAAUUAGAAUCUUUAAACACAACAAUAUGCAGAGCUUAGAAAUGCUGUUGAAGGAUGCAGUAAUACAUGGACAACCUCGAAGCCGAAGAGCAUGGAAAAAAAUUCUUAUUCUAGUAGAGGGCAUUUACAGUAUGGAAGGCUCUAUUGUACACUUGCCAGAAGUUGUUGCCUUAAAGAGAAAAUACAAAGCCUACGUCUACUUGGACGAAGCCCAUAGCAUAGGUGCUGUUGGUCCUACAGGAAGGGGAGUUGUGGAAUACUUUGGAAUGGAUCCUAACGAUGUUGAUGUAUUGAUGGGAACGUUCACAAAAAGUUUUGGAGCAGCUGGAGGUUAUAUAGCUGGCAAAAAGGAAUUAGUGGACUACUUACGAGUUCACUCACAUAGCACAACCUAUGCCACAUCUAUGUGUCCGCCUAUAGCAGAACAAAUUAUAAGAGCAAUGAAAUGCUUGUUGGGACUAGAUGGGACCACACAAGGACGUCAACGAAUCAAUCAGCUAGCAGAAAAUACAAGGUACUUCAGAAGAAAACUGCAUGAAUUAGGCUUCAUUAUUUAUGGCAAUGAAGAUUCUCCUGUUGUUCCUUUACUCCUUUAUUUACCUGGUAAAGUUGGGACUUUUGCAAGACUCACACUGUCCAAAAACAUUGGUGUGGUUGUAGUUGGCUUCCCAGCUACCCCACUCACAGAAUCCAGGGCUCGUUUUUGUGUGUCCGCUGCUCAUACACGGGAGAUCUUAGACACGGUCCUGGAUGCUCUAGAUGAACUGGGUGAUUUUUUGGGUCUGAAAUAUUCCCGGAAUGCUAGGUCAUCUCGUCCUGAACUAUAUGAUGAAACAAGCUUUGAACUUGAAGAUUAAGCUUCCCUCCCAUGGAGACACCAGAAUGAUGUUACAAGGAGUAGAUGGGGAUCUCAACAAUAGGAAUGCAUUUCCCUUUUUCUAAGGACAGUUUUUGCUUCACAGUUAAUUGAACCAAGAGAAGCAUUGUAUGUGUGUUUUUACCAGAUUGGAUUCUGUGUGCAAAGGACCAGAAUAUUGCUGCAGUUCUCUCACCAAGAAAUACAAGUAUUAUUAUUAUUAUUAAUAUUACUAUUACUAUUAUUAUACCCCAAUACAAACUUUAAUGCACUAAAUCAGUUGCUAUUACACAGCCUUCAUUUGCUGUUUUAAAAGCAGAGUUUGAAAAAAUUUAAUUAUGAUUACACUUUUUUUGAAAAAUGACUUGGAAUAUAGUAUUGUAGCUGAAAAAGGUUAUCUUGUUCAAUUGGCUUUCAUUUAUAGAAGAGGGAGAUCUUCAUUGCAGCUUACCAGGAUUUAGGCAAAAAUACCCCCCAUCAAAUAGAAAUACUUUGACCUGCUGAGUUAACAGGAGCCUGAUUCAGGGGUAGUCAGUGGUCCUUCGUGGCUUUGUAUAAUUUCAUUAUCGUUAGAAAGUUUUGAGAAAGGAAGAAAAACCACAAUUCAUCUUUGCUACUUGGUAUUUUUAAAAACAUUUUUAUAUUUUAAUUAUACCAAGAAUAAGCCAAAACAAUGUUAAUUUAAAUUCAACUGUUUAUGCAUUGAAUUAUUUCAUAAUUUAAAAAAGGGGAGUGUUACUUAUUUAAUUUUCAAGGAGGUUUUUAGGAUUGUCACGCACAAUUUUAAUAACCAUUUCACUUUCCCAUUUGCAAUGUAUUAAGCCUUCCCAUAUACAAAAAGCAGAUGACAUUUGUAAGACUGCUUUCUUUAUUCCUGAAUAUUCAUUGGCUUGGUAAGCAUACUGCUGAACCAAAACACUCAGGCUAUUGCAGAAUAUAAUCCUCAAAUAUCUUACCAUUUGUGACUGCCAUCUUUACGUUGAAAGAGUAAUCCUUUUACAUUACUACUUCUAUGAGAUAUACUUAACACAGGAGACCACAGUGAAUGUUCUUUUCUGCAAGGUUGAUAUAUCCAUUUUUUUCUUAAGGUUGAAAUUAUUAACUCUUUUAAGAACAUGACCAACUGAUUUGAAAAUAGCAUUGGAGAUUACAGGAACAGGUGGAUAUAAUCCCACUUCUGUUUCUCCAAAUGAACGGGACCAGGACUAAUGAGAAUAUACUGCUGUCUCCAGACUGUUGUCCAGUCUCAACAGUUCAGGUCUCAGGUAGCUAUACACACACCCGCUCUCUAAGAUAACCAGUUGGAAGGCAUUUCUGCCACUUUUGAGAUACAAGCCAUUCUGAAAGUCUGAUGGUACUGUAAACAUGUCUGAUCAAGAGAUGGCUUAGGUUUCUGUUUCACAGAUGUAUUUUACUUUCAUGUUCUUGAAAGCUGUGGUAUCCACUUAACACACAGCUGCAAAAUUAGAUUUAAGAACCAAACAGUUAAAUUGUGGAAUAGCAAUUACAGUAUGGGACUCCCUUGCUUGUUCAAGCAGCUUUGAGGAUGAAACAAGGCUGAUUAGUUUUGAGGUCCCUUUUUGUUAUUCAAGUUAAUAAAAUUCAAUGUGGCUAUAAUGUUAAAAAUGGACCACCGUGCAUUCCAGGAUAUCGGAUGUCUGCUUCAGAAGUAUAGGAGGUUAGAGGAGUGAAUUGUACAGUGUUGUAUGAUUGUUCACUUUGGCAAACGAACUUGAGAAACACUAAACAGGCCCAUGUUUGUGCAUUAUACUAAAACUACUGUAUAAAAAA